AGAUCCGGGCACCGGGCGGCGCCAUCUUGGACCCCCCCUUCCCACAGCAGCGCGCCGCCAUCUUGUGACCCCUCCCCCGCGCACCCGGGUACCGGCCGUUCCGCCGCCUUGGAGCCGCUGCGGUAGCGCAGCCGCACCCGGACAGGCAGCGGGGGACGCAUGGCAGGCCUGGGCGGGGGGGGGUCCCCGCCGCGGGCCCCCCCGGGCCCCCCCGCGCUGCAGCCGCGCUGGAAGCGGGUGGUGGGCUGGGCUGGGCCCGUGCCCCGGCCCCGGCACGGCCACCGAGCCGUGGCCAUCAAGGAGCUCAUCGUGGUCUUCGGGGGGGGCAACGAGGGCAUCGUGGACGAGCUGCACGUCUACAACACAGCCACCAACCAGUGGUUCAUCCCGGCCGUGCGGGGGGACAUCCCCCCGGGCUGUGCCGCCUACGGCUUCGUGUGUGACGGCACGCGGCUGCUGGUGUUCGGGGGCAUGGUGGAGUACGGCAAGUACAGCAACGACCUCUACGAGCUGCAGGCCUCCAGGUGGGAGUGGAAGCGGCUGAAGGCGAAGACCCCCAAAAAUGGGCCCCCCCCUUGCCCUCGGCUGGGCCACAGCUUCUCCCUGGUGGGCAACAAGUGUUACCUCUUCGGGGGGCUGGCCAACGACAGCGAGGACCCCAAAAACAACAUCCCCCGGUACCUGAACGACCUGUACGUGCUGGAGCUGCGCCCAGGUUCGGGGGUGCUGGCCUGGGACAUCCCCAUCACCUACGGGGUGCUGCCCCCUCCCCGGGAAUCCCACACGGCCGUGGUGUACACGGAGCGCGACGGGCGGCGCUCGCGCCUCGUCAUCUACGGGGGCAUGAGCGGCUGCAGGCUGGGGGAUUUGUGGACCUUGGAUAUUGAGACGCUGACCUGGAACAAACCGAGCCUGAGUGGGGUCGCUCCCCUCCCCCGCAGCCUCCACUCGGCCACCACCAUCGGCAACAAGAUGUACGUUUUUGGGGGGUGGGUGCCCCUGGUGAUGGAUGAUGUGAAAGUGGCGACGCACGAGAAGGAGUGGAAGUGCACCAACACCCUGGCCUGCCUGAACCUGGACUCGAUGGCCUGGGAGCCCCUGGUGCUGGAGACCCUGGAGGACAACGUGCCGCGGGCUCGCGCCGGGCACUGCGCCGUGGCCAUCGCCACCCGCCUCUACAUCUGGAGCGGCCGCGACGGCUACCGCAAGGCCUGGAACAACCAGGUGUGCUGCAAGGACCUCUGGUACCUGGAGACAGAGCGCCCACCUGCGCCGGGCCGCGUGCAGCUGGUGCGCGCCAACACCACGUCGCUGGAGGUGAGCUGGGGCGCGGUGCCCACGGCCGACUCGUACCUGCUGCAGCUGCAGAAGUACGAGCUGCCCGCCGCGCCCGCGCCGCCGCCCGUGCCCUCGGUGCCCGCCAACCCCCCCAAGAGCCCCGCGCCCGCCGCGCCCGCGCCGCCGCCCGCGCCCCCCGCCCUGCCCCAGCUGGGGGGCGUGGGGCUCACCCUGCUGCCCCCGCCCGCCGCGCCCCCCAACCCACCCGGCGUCACCGCCGCCGCCGUGGGGACAGCGGGCGCGGCGGCGGCGGGCGCGGCCGGCGGCGGCGCCGCAGGGGUGGCGGCGGUGGCGGCGGCGGGGACGGCGGGAGGGGCGGUGGCCGCGGCCCCAGGUGCCACCCUGCAGGUGCUGCCGGCGGCCGGGGGGGCAACGGCGGCGGCCGGAGGAGCUGCCACGGCGGGGAGGGCGCCCGGUGUCCCAGCGGUGCUGAAGGUGACCGGUCCCCCUGCGGCCACCGCGGGGCCACCGCUGGUGACCGUGCGCUCGGCCGGGCCCGGCAAGGCCCCGGUGACGGUGACAUCGCUGCCCGCCGGCGUCAGGAUGGUGGUGCCCACCCAGAGCCCCCAGGGCACGGUGAUCGGCAGCAGCCCCCAGAUGAGCGGCAUGGCCGCUCUGGCCGCAGCGGCUGCGGCCACCCAGAAGAUCCCGCCGGCCUCGGCGCCCACCGUGCUCAGCGUCCCCGCGGGGGCCACCAUCGUCAAGACGGUGGCUGUCACCCCCGGGGCCACCACCCUGCCCGCCACCGUCAAGGUGGCCUCGUCACCUGUCAUGGUGAGCAACCCAGCCACGCGCAUGCUGAAGACGGCGGCCGCCCAGGUGGGCACGGCGGGGGCGUCCCCCACGGCCACCAACGCGGCCACCAGGCCCAUCAUCACCGUGCACAAGUCGGGGACGGUGACAGUGGCCCAGCAGGCCCAGGUGGUCACCACCGUGGUCGGAGGUGUCACCAAGACCAUCACGCUGGUCAAGAGCCCCAUCUCCGUGCCAGGGGGCAGCGCCCUGAUCUCCAACCUGGGCAAGGUGAUGUCGGUGGUGCAGACGAAACCCGUGCAGAGCUCGGCUGUCACCGGGCAGGCCUCGAGUGGCCCUGUCACCCAGAUCAUCCAGACCAAGGGUCCCCUGCCCGCGGGGACCAUCCUGAAGCUGGUGACGUCGGGGGAGGGGAAGCCCACCACCAUCCUGACCAGCACGCAGGCGGGGGCGGGGGCGGCCAAGCCCCCCACCAUCCUGGGCAUCAGCAGCGUGUCCCCCAGCACCACCAAGCCCGGGACCACCACCAUCAUCAAAACCAUCCCCAUGUCGGCCAUCAUCACCCAGUCGGGGGCUACCGGUGUCACCAGCAGCCCCGGGAUCAAGUCCCCCAUCACCAUCAUCACCACCAAGGUGAUGACCUCGGGCACUGGGACCCCCGCCAAGAUCAUCACGGCUGUCCCCAAGCUGGGCGGGGGACACGGCCAGCAGGGCGUGACACAGGUGGUGCUGAAGGGAGCCCCGGGACAGCCGGGGACCAUCCUGAGGACGGUGCCCAUGGGAGGGGUCCGGCUGGUCACCCCUGUCACCGUCUCGGCCGUCAAGCCCACGGUGACCACCCUGGUGGUCAAGGGCACCACCGGUGUGACCACGCUGGGGACGGUGACAGGGACAGUGUCUACCAGCCUGGCCGGGGGGGCAGGUGGCCACAGUGCCACAGCCUCGCUGGCCACACCCAUCACCACCCUGGGGACAAUCGCCACCCUGUCCAGCCAGGUCCUGAACCCUGCGGCCAUCACGGCCACCGCGGCCGGGGGUGGCCUGGGGACACCGACCAUCACCAUGCAGCCGGUGUCCCAGCCCACGCAGGUGACGCUGAUCACCACGCCCAGCGGCGUGGAGGCCCAGCCCGUCCACGACCUCCCCGUGUCCAUCCUGGCGUCCCCCACGGCCGAAGGUCCCCCCGCGGCCACCUCGGGGGGUGGCAGCCUGGCCGAGCCCCCUCCCGCCGAGGCCACCCCGGGCACUGUCACCUUGGUGUGCUCCAACCCCCCCUGCGAGACCCACGAGACCGGCACCACCAACACGGCCACCACCAGCCUGGUGGCCAACGUGGGGACAGGGGGGGGACAGCUGCAGCUGCUCUGCGAGGACACGGGCGGGGGGACGGCGGUGGCGGCGCCCCCCCGGGCCUGCUCCAACCCCCCCUGCGAGACCCACGAGACGGGGACCACCAACACCCCCACGGCGGCGGGGACAGUGGGGACAGCGCGCUUGGGGACACCCGGGGCACCGCCCUGCCCCACGCAGCAGACGGUGGCCACGGGGACGACGAUGACGGCGCGGUUGUGCCCCCCCGAAGGUGGUGGCGGUGGUGGUGGCAGCGGUGUCACCUCGUGCCAAACGCAGGAGGCAGCCCCAUGCCAAACGCCUUGGGGACAGCCUGAGGUGGGGACGGCCACCGGGGCCACCAACGCCAGCUGUGAGACCCCCGCGGGGACACGGCUGUGUGCCAACCCCCCCUGCGAGACCCAUGAGACGGGGACAACCAACACGGUGACAGUGACAGGGUCACAGCUCUGCUCCAACCCGCCCUGUGAGACCCACGAGACGGGGACAACCAACACGGUGACAGUGACAGGGUCACAGCUCCGCUCCAACCCUCCCUGUGAGACCCACGAGACGGGGACAACCAACACGGUGACAAUGACAGCACCAAGGCCACCCUGCUCCAACCCCCCCUGUGAGACCCACGAGACGGGGACAACCAACACGGUGACAGUGACAGGGUCACAGCUUUGCUCCAACCCGCCCUGUGAGACCCAUGAGACAGGGACAACCAACACGGUGACAGUGACAGCACCAAGGCCACCCUGCUCUAAUCCUCCCUGCGAGACCCAUGAGACGGGGACAACCAACACGGUGACAACCACGGGGACACGGCUGUGUGCCAACCCGCCCUGUGAGACCCACGAGACGGGGACAACCAACACGGUGACAGUGACAGCACCAAGGCCACCCUGCUCUAAUCCUCCCUGCGAGACCCAUGAGACGGGGACAACCAACACGGUGACAAUGACAGCACCAAGGCCACCCUGCUCUAAUCCUCCCUGCGAGACCCACGAGACGGGGACAACCAACACGGUGACAACCACGGGGACACGGCUCUGCUCCAACCCCCCGUGUGAGACCCACGAGACGGGGACAACCAGCACGGCCACCACCACCACGGCCACCUCGCGCCCCCCGCCCGAGUCGGGGACAGCGGUGCCACCGCCUCGAGGUGUCCCCCCCUGCUCCAACCCCCCCUGCGAGACCCAUGAGACGGGGACGACCAACACGGUGACAAUGACAUCGUCACAGCUCUGCUCCAACCCCCCCUGCGAGACCCACGAGACCGGGACCACCAACACGGCCACCACGGCCACCGCGGGCUCCCGGCCGGGUGACACCACCACGGCCACCAGCGCUGCCACCACCUCCUCCAGCACGGGGGGGUCCCCGCCUUGUGCCAUCCCCCCCUGCGAGACCCCCGAGAGCGGGACCACCAGCACGGCCACCAGAGCGGGGUCCUCGCCCUGCCAGAGCCACCAGAGCGGGGCCACCAGCACGGCCACCACCGAGGGGGUGACACCGCCCCCGCCCUGUGCCACCGCCACCAGCCCCCCCCGCGCCUGCUCCAACCCCCCCUGCGAGACCCACGAGACGGGGACAACGGCCACGGCCACCACGGUCACCGCCAGCAUGGGGGCCAGCCAAGAGCCCCCCCCGCCGGCUGCCAACGGGCAGGGGGAGGGGGAGACCCCCCCCAGCGAGGGCGGGGGUCCCCCCGUGCCCCCCGGGACCCCCAGCCCCGGCCCCAGCGGCAGCGGGACCCCCCAGCCCCGGGCGGUCACCACGGUCACUCAGUCCACGCCAGCGCCGGGGCCAGCCGUGCCGACCAUCUCGUCGCUGACCGAAUCCCCCCCGGCUCCCCCCGAGACCCCCCCAAGCACCACCACCACCACUCCCACCCCUCCUGGAGACCCCCACCCAGCCCAGGACCCCUCCUCGGCCACCUCCCCAUCCCCCCCCGGGCCCGAGGCCGCUCCCCCCCACGCCGGGGCCGAGCCCGGGGGGUCCCCGGAGCCGCUGGCCGUGGUGGUGCUGCCGCCGGCCGCGGCCGAGGGGGGCCCGGCCGAGGGGCUGGCGCUGCCCCCCGAGCUGCUGGCCGAGGCGGGGGGCGCGGGGGGACCCCCCGGGCUGACCCCCGAGGAGCUGGCGGUCACCGCGGCGGCCGAGGCGGCGGCGGCGGCUGCGGCCAGCGAGGAGGCGCAGGCCCAGGCUCUGGCCAUCCAGGCCGUGCUGCAGGCUGCCCAGCAGGCUGUCAUGGGGACAUCGGAGCCGCUGGAGCCCGGCGAGCCCGGGGGGGGCCCCUCGGAGCUGGGGGGGGCCCUGGGGGUGUCGGAGGGGGCGGGGGGCACGGGGGGGGCGCUGCCCCUGGUGCUCACCCAGCAGGACCUGGCGGCUCUGGUGCAGCACCAGCAGCACCUGGCCGAGGCCGGGACCCCCCCUGCAGCCCCCCCAGCGCCCCCCACCCCCGCCCCUCCCCCUCCUGCCCCCGCCGCACCCCCCCAGGCGGCCGCGCCCCCUCCCCAUUUGCCCACCGAGGCCUUGGCCCCCGCCGACAGCCUCAACGACCCCGCGGGUGACACCAACGGCCUGGGGGACCUGGGGACAGUGCCCGGGGGGGGCACCCCCGCCACCCUGCUGCCCCCCCCCGGCGACGGCCUGGCCCCCUCGAGCGCCUUCGUGGCCCCCCCGGGCCCCCCGGUAGCCCCCAGCCCCGCCAAGCUGCAGGCGGCCGCCGCCCUGGCCGAGGUGGCCAACGGCAUCGAGAGCACCCCCGUGAAGCCGGAGCCGGGGGCGCCGCCCAAGGCGCUGCCCAAGAAGGAGAACCAGUGGUUCGACGUGGGCGUCAUCAAGGGCACCACCAUGAUGGUCACCCACUACUUCCUGCCCCCCGAGGACGCGCCCCCCGCCGACGACGAGGCCUCGGGGGUCCCGGACCACUCCCAGCUGCGCCGCCAGGAGCUGCAGCCGGGCACGGCGUACAAGUUCCGCGUGGCCGGGCUCAACGCCUGCGGCCGCGGGCCCUUCUCGGAGCUGUCGGCCUUCAAAACCUGCCUGCCCGGCUUCCCGGGGGCGCCCUGCGCCAUCAAGAUCAGCAAGAGCCCCGACGGAGCGCACCUGACGUGGGAGCCGCCCUCGGUGACGUCGGGCCGCAUCGCCGAGUACUCGGUGUACCUGGCCAUCCAGGGGGGGGCCCGGGGGGGGUCCAGGCCCGCGGGGGGGGGGGCCCAGCUGGCCUUCAUGAGGGUCUACUGCGGGCCCAGCCCCUCGUGCCUCGUGCCGGCCUCCAGCCUGGCCAGCGCCCACAUCGACCACACCACCAAGCCGGCCAUCAUCUUCCGCAUCGCCGCCCGCAACGACAAGGGCUACGGCCCCGCCACCCAGGUGCGGUGGCUGCAAGAGUCGAGCAAGGACGGAGCCGCCGGGAAACCGGGCAGCAAACGGCCCCUGGCGUCCCCCGACCUGAAAUCCGCUCCAAAGAAGCCCAAGGCCGAAGGGCAGUGAAGGACCCCCGGGACCCCCCCCCAAAAAAAAAAACCACAAACAAACCCCGGGGACCCCUCCCCCCUCUCAACACCCCCAAUAUCCCCGGGGGGUUUUUGGGGGGGAGUUUUGGGGUCCCCUCGCCUGGGGGGGGGGUCGGGGGGGGCUUUUUUUUUUACCUGUUGCAGUUGCUGGAAUGAAAAGUUUUGUACAACGCUGCCCCUCCCCCCUCCCCCCCCCCAAACCCCCCCCCCCCUCGGGACCCCUCCCCCACCCUGUACAGACCCCUCCCUCCCCCGGGGGUGGGGGGAGGGGAAGGGGGAGACCCCCUGUGUAUCAUAGUGGGGGGGAGGGGAAAAAAAACGCCCCCCCCGAGCCCUCCCCCCUCCCCUCCCCCCGAGUGUUGUGUCCGUCGUUUUUGUGCUAUUUUGAAAAUUAAAAAAAGACAUUUUUUUGGAGUAAAAA